UAAAAUGAAUUAUUCGUAAAUUUUACAAUAUUUAUAAUAAUUUAUGAUUAAACUAUCAUCAAACCCUAAUCAAGUUUAUUCUUAUUUUUUUAUCCGUCAUCUUGGGUCAGAUUGAUUAAACCGUAAUCUUCUUAAAUCUCAAUUGGUCAAUUUCAAAUCCUAAUUUGUGAAAGUCCAGCCAUAAUUUGUCAAAGCUAAACCGAAAUAUUGAAUCGCAGAAACUGAGAGGACGAUAACUAUCAACCAAUCACUACGGAAAGUAAUGUGGAUAUCGACUGGUGGGAGCAAAAAAAAAAAAAAAGAGAUGAGAGGUGCUCUGCCCUCUCUCUCUUCAACUUGGUGAACUGGAUCGACCGCCUCAUCCUCGUAGCAAUGGUGGCCCUGUUCCGCGCUAGUUUAACGAAUCAACGAGUGGACGGAGAAAGUUGGGAGACUGGGGUCACUUGCGACUAGAACAGAUCGGUGCCCCUGCGAGCUAUGCGCCGGCGUCUCCCUCGAGAUUUCACGAGAAUGGACCGCGAAGUUACACGAGUCCUUCGUGAAAGUACGCUAGCUACUAAGCGUAAACGUAAUGAACAUGGUAAUGCGAGCUGCACGCUCCCUAAAAAGCCAAAGAUACAAAAUAUGGGGGGAUGGCGAUUUUGCCUGCCCUCAUCGUCUGACAUGGAGGACGAAGCACCUCCAUCCAUUUGCAUGACCGUCGUUGAAUCGAUGGAUCGUGAGCAUGGGAGUUUGAAGAAAGUCUGGUCUCCGCUGUGGUUGCCAACGCUGAUCCCAGAAGUGGUGGAUCAUCCAAUUCCUUCUGAACUGGUGUCAGAUUGCUACCCUGCCAUGAUGACGACUCAAGGAUAAACCGGCAAGAAAACCUAGUGCUUGCUGGUGAGACUCCUUUCCCGAGACGGGAUCCCAUUAAUCAAGGGGGGUGGAUUUUUUGGGUUCAUUUUGGUAACCGUAAAAAUAAAUUUAAAAUUGGUUC